AUGAAGAUUGCUGUGGUUGGUGGAGGAAUAUCUGGAAUGUCAUCAGCUUACCUUCUCACAAAGGGUGGACAUCAGGUGACUGUGUUUGAGAAGGGCGAUUACUUGGGUGGACAUACCAACACUGUCGAUGCAACAUUCGAGGGUGUCGGAACUGUCAAAGCAGACACUGGUUUUCUGGUUUACAACGAGGAGCACUACCCCAACUUGAUGAGACUCUUUAGAGAGUUGGCAAUAGAGUCUGCCGAUUCCGAUGUCAGUUUUGCAUUCUCGCUGAAUGCUCGUGGCAACUCAUACGCCAACAACGGUGCAGAUCAACAAGCUCCAGUGAGAAACGAGGUGGAGUGGGGAUCCGACGGUGCAUCUACAGUAUUCGCGCAACUCGGUAAUCUAUUUAGACCAAAGUUCUGGUGUAUGCUACGAGAUAUGGUUCGUUUCCACAAGGAAGCACCUCUUACCAUGUUGGAACCAGAGAAAUACAAAAACAUCACUAUCGCAGAGUACAUGGCAACCAACAACUAUUCAGAGGCGUUCAAAUGCUAUUAUUUGGUUCCGGUGAUGUCUGCUCUCUGGUCGACAUCGUUUGCCGUCAUUGACCAUUUUCCAAUUCUAACACUCGUUCGUUUCUUUGCCAAUCACGAUAUGCUUCGUAUCUUUGGACGUCCACAAUGGAAGACUGUCAAAGGAGGUAGCUAUCAAUAUAUGGAGCGUCUAGCAGAGUAUCUCGAAAACAAUGGAUCGGAAGUCAGAAUGAGCACAGCUGUCACCAGAGUGGUUCGUUACGAUGACCACGUUGAGAUCGUCACCGCCGACUCACCGACACCGGAAUCAUUCGAUGCUGUCGUAAUGGCUUGUCAUCCACCAGAGACACUCAACAUCGUAGACUCACUCACCAAGAAAGAACACGAAGUUCUCUCUGUCUUUAAAUAUACACCGCACACCGUCUACCUGCAUUCCGAUCCCAUUCUCAUGCCGAAACGUCGUAAUAUAUGGGCUGCCUGGAACUACCUCUAUGAUGACCGCUCUUCUUCCGAGCAUGCAGUGUGUGUUACCUACUGGAUCAACCGUAUUCAACCGUGGUUGGAUCGUGAAAAGACACCUCUCUAUGUAACACUGAAUCCAAUUGUUCAACCACAGCAACAUCUCGUACACAAAGUUAUCCAAUACGAACACCCAUUGUACACCGCAGAGAAUGAGAGCAAUCAAGAGUAUGUCACCUCAAUUCAGGGUAUUAGACGUACCUACUACUGUGGUGCUUACUAUGGAUUUGGAUUCCACGAGGAUGGUAUCACCUCUGGUUUAUUGGCAGCUCAACAAAUCGAUCCAGAACUCAAAAAGAUUUGGGAGGUCGAUAUGAAAAGAUAUGAAGAGGUUCCAGUUGCCAAUCAAAAACAAAACGACAAUAAUAAUAAUAAUAAUAACAAACAGAAUAGCAAUUCAUUGUUGGCAUUCAACAAGCUAGCAAGUGUUGCUGGAUUAGUUUUCAUUGGAAGUAUGUAUUACUUCAAAAAGGAUUUACAAUUUCUUUCACCCUUUAUCAAUAAAAUUGAUAAAUUACUUUGUUGUUCUUACUUCCUAUUCAAAUUGUUUUAG